GCCGGGAGGCAUGAGCCCAGGGUCGCAGCCUUAGCGCCCGCUCCUCCUCCCGGGCGGCCCGGCUGCGGGGACGGGUGCGCGCUGCAGGGUUGGGGGCCAUGAAGCCGAGUCUGGCAGGGACCGCGAGGGAGCUGGAGCCGCCGGCGCCGGCCCGGGGCGAGCAGCGCGCGGCGGAGUCCGAGGGGCGCUGGCGGGAGAAGGGAGAGGCGGACACGGAGCGGCAGCGCACCCGCGAGCGGCAGGAGGCCACGCUGGCCGGGCUGGCGGAACUGGAGUACCUGCGCCAGCGCCAGGAACUGCUGGUCCGGGGCGCCCUGCGCGGCGCCGGGGUCUCGGGGGCCGCUGCAGUCCGCUCCGGGGAGCUGCCGGGGGAGGCGGCGCAGCGCAGCCGCCUGGAGGAGAAGUUCUUGGAGGAGAACAUCUUGCUGCUGCGGAAGCAAUUGAAUUGUUUGAGGAGAAGAGAUGCUGGUUUGUUGAACCAGUUGCAAGAACUCGACAAGCAGAUAAGUGACCUGAGACUGGAUGUGGAAAAGACCUCUGAAGAGCACCUGGAGACAGACAGCCGACCUAGCUCAGGGUUUUAUGAACUGAGUGAUGGGGCUUCAGGGUCCCUUUCCAAUUCCUCAAACUCGGUCUUCAGUGAAUGUUUAUCCAGUUGUCACUCCAGCACCUGCUUUUGCAGCCCCUUGGAGGCAGCCUUGACUAUAUCAGAUGGUUGCCCCAAAUCUGCAGAUGUGAAUCCCAAGUACCAAUGCGAUCUGGUGUCUAAAAAUGGGAAUGACGUGUACCGCUACCCCAGCCCGCUUCACGCCGUGGCGGUGCAGAGUCCGAUGUUUCUGCUUUGCUUGACCGGAAACCCCCUGAGGGAAGAGGAGAGGCUUGCUAACCAUGCCAGUGACAUGUGUGUCGGAUCCGAGCUGGACGCCGUCAAGACAGACACUUCCUUGCCAUCUCCAAGCAGUUUGUGGUCUGCUCCCUAUCCUUCAUCCAGUAAGAAAAUGGAUGGUUACAUUCUGAGCCUGGUCCAGAAAAAAACACACCCUGUAAGGACCAACAAACCGAGAACCAGUGUGAACGCUGACCCCACCAAGGGGCUUCUGAGGAAUGGGAGUGUUUGUGUCAGAGUGACUGGGGGCAUCUCACAGGGCAACAGUGGGAACCUUAAGAAUUCUAAACAGAUGCCUUUGCCCUCUGGCGGGAUCCCUUCUUUGGACAAUGGGACAUUCUCCCCACUGAAGCAGUGGGCCAAAGACCCAAAGCCAGAACUACUGGAAAGCAAGAGGUUGCCCCUGCCUGAGGGCUGCUCCCCAGGCGCUGCCAGUGAACUUCAAGGUAAGCAUCUGCCCAAAACCGCCAAGCCAGUCUCCCAGGAACACGCUAGGUGUCCCCCCGCGGGGACAGGGGAGUCCCCUAAGGAAAGCAGUCAGAUCCCAGCUGCCUCUCCCAAAGAGAGUCCCGGGAAGGUCCCCGCCCCGCUGCAAGAGAACAGAGGGGGCCAGCCGCUGAAAAAGGUGCCUCAGAAAAACAGCCUGCAGGCUGUCUCUCCGGCGGCGCCCGCUUCCGCCGCUCCGGCCCAGCUGCCCCCAGUUUUCCCGGCCGCUGAGGAGCGGCCGGCCCUGGAUUUCAGAAGCGAGGGCUCUUCUUCCCAGAGCCUGGAGGAAGGGCCUCCGGGGAAGGCGCCGCCCGCCCUGGCGCAGCCGCCCGGCGUCAGGCCGCCCCGGGGAGCGCGGUCCGCGGCCGCCCCAAGGGGCUCCGCCCAGAAGCCCCGCGCCCCGGGCGGGCACGGGCCAGAGAGCUCGCUGCCCGCCGUGCGGGAGAAGGCGCGGGCGGCCGGCAGGAGGUGUCGGCUCCCGGACGACACGGAUACGAACAAGAAACUGCGGAGAGCGCCAGCCAAGGGGCGGCGAAGCGGGGGCGGCCAGCCAGACGCUGGGCUCCCGGGCCGGCAGCUGGGGGCGGGCCACCGGGCGGGGAGCCGCGCGCAUGGCCACGGCCACGGGCGGGAGGCGGUGGUGGCCAAGCCCAAACACAAGCGAACUGACUCGCGGCGGUGGAGGUCGGCCGCCGAGGUGUCCUACGAGGAGGCGCUGCGGCGGGCGCGGCGGGGCCGGCGGGAGCCCGCCGCCCUGUUCGCGGCGGGGCCGCCCUUCGCCAGCCCCUAUGCCUACGUGGCCAGCGACUCGGAGUACUCGGCCGAGUGCGAGUCCCUGUUCCACUCGACCGUGCUGGACACCAGCGAGGACGAGCGCAGCAACUACACCACCAACUGCUUCGGCGACAGCGAGUCCAGCGUGAGCGAGGGCGACUUCGUGGGCGACAGCAGCAGCACCAGCGACUCGGAGGAGAGCGGGGGCCUGAUUUGGUCCCAGUUCGUCCAGACGCUCCCUCUGCAGCCGGUCCCGGCCCCGGACCUCCGCGGUCACCCCACCAAAACCUUUGUCAAGAUCAAGGCUUCGCACAACCUCAAGAAGAAGAUCCUUCGCUUUCGGUCUGGCUCUCUGAAACUGAUGACGACCGUUUGAGUAGCACCGUUGGUGUAGAAAGCGGGAGUUUUUCUCCUUCCCAAGAAAGCUGUGGCGUCUUCCUUGUUGUGUGUAAUAAUUUCAUAGAAUGCUUUCUUUUGUUAAGUUAAAACCGAGGUGAAUUAUGUCUCAUCUUCAUCGUGUAUGGACACUAGUGCCUUUAAUGGAAGGUAAAGAAUGUUUUGCUGGUUAGAAGUGAAUAUCGAGUUUCUGAUGGUGGUGAUAGUGAAUUUUGUGGUACCGAUGGCUUUUAUUUGAAAUUUUCUAAGCAUUUUGAAGGCACAGGUUGUAAUGUUCAAGUGUUAAUGGGAUGAGACCGUUUGGUCUGAAGGUCAGGUGAAUGGAAUUUUCCGACAUACACUUGCUCCUUUGGUUCUUUGGGGUGGCGUCUCCAUGAGGGUUUAUCUUGUUGGGGCUAACACAUACAGUUUUGUGAGGUAGGUACAGGGGGCAGUCAUGGGUUUUCUAUAACUUUUUAUAUACUCUGCUUUUCUCAGAUGUAUCCCCAUUCUAUUUUCUUCUCAGAACUGUUUGGUUUACUGGACUCAGAACUUGAAGACCAGACCCUAAAUCCAGAGAGGUGACCUGGAUAGGUAGGCUGGUAAUACCUUAAAAUGAUUCACUAAAACCUUUGCCGCACUUGGUGCCUAGGCCCUGGUUACAGUAACCCCCCAGGGCCAUUUACCCAACAUGGAUGCCUUUCUUCCCCUCCCUGAUUUGCAGCAGAUCCAACCAUUUCUUCCUUGGAGACUUGCCUUUGGGAUAACAUUUUGGUCAUUGGAUACAGAGACACUCAGUCCUAACAAAAUAACCUUUGGGUGUGACCCCCAAGCUCAGAAUUGCUCACUGAGCACUGUGCCACCUAAGCAUUAGCCCAAACAUAUUAGUGCAAUCCAGUCCAGAUUGGACCACUGACCCUCUCUGGAAGGGCUUUUUUUUAAAAAAAAAUUUUUUUUGGUAAACAGUAUUGUGUAAAGUUGCUUUUUUAUACCAAUAUAUGCAUGUUUGGUGCAUGAGUAGUAUUUGUUUUGAUAUUCCUGUUGAUGUUAAAUGACUGUAUGAUAUAAACAGUAUGUGUUUUUAUAUAUCUUUGUGUAAAUUUAAUAUAACACAUUAUAUGCUGUAAUAAACAAUUUGUUUUACUGCU